UUACAUCAGGAAUCCUCAUCAACGUGCCCCCUUACAUCAGGGUCCCCAUCAGAAUGCCUCCUUACAUCAGGUGUCCCCAUCAGAGUGCCUCUUUACAUCAGGUGUCCCCAUCAGAGUGCCCUCUUACAUCCGGGUCCCCAUCAGAGUUUGCCCCCUUACAUCAGGUAUCCCCAUCAGAGUGCCUCCUUAGAUCAGGGUCCCCAUCAGAGUGCCCCCUUAGAUCAGGGUCCCCAUCAGAGUGCCCCCUUACAUCAGGGUCCCCAUUAGAGUCCCAGUUUACAUCAGGGUCACCAUCAGAGUCACCUCUUACAUCAGGGUCACCAUCAGAGUGCCUCCUUACAGCAGCUAUCCCCAUCAGAGUUCCCCCUUACAUCAGGUAUCCCCAUCAGAGUUCCCCCUUACAUCAGGUGUCCCCAUCAGAGUUCCCCCUUACAUCAGGUGUCCCCAUCAGAGUGCCUCCUUAGAUCAGG